AUAAUUAAAAAGCCUGUGUUACAUAAGGGAAGCCUAUCUUGGAAGUUGGAUGAAUGAAGAUAAACAACGCAUAGACAGAAUGGAGACGAAAGCCAAGGUGGAAAUCACCUCAAGAAAGUUCAUCAAACCAUCCUCACCAACUUCUCCUCAAAAUAAGAACCUCAAACUCUCCAUUAUAGACCAAAUCGUUCCUUCGGUGUACACCUCUGUUAUUCUUUUUUAUUCUUCAAACACUAAUAAUAGUGGAGAUUCCUUUCUGGGAGAUCAUUUGGAGAGGUCCAAAUCCAACUGCUUACAAAAAUCACUCUCUGAAACCUUGGUACACUUCUUCCCAUUUGCAGGUCAGUUAAAUAACAAUACCAGUAUUGAAUGUAAUGAUACAGGAGCUUAUUUCUUAGAAGCCCAAAUCAAUUGUCAGCUUGUUGAUGCACUCAAGCAACCUGAUCCCAUCUUACUUAGCCAUUUGCUUCCAACAACUGAUCCUAACACUUCAGAGUUAGCGAAGAAUGUUGUCUUGUUUGUUCAACUAACUAGUUUCAACUGUGGAGGAAUUGCUCUUUCAGUUUGCCCAUCUCAUAAGAUUGCAGAUGCCUCAUCUUUAUCCAAAUUCGUCAAGAGCUGGGCUGCAAUGGCGCGUGAACAUGUUGUUGAAGAAGCUCCAGAGUUCAUUGGAGAAUCGAUGCUGCCGUCGCCUAGUAAAACUCUCUUGAUUGAGCGCAUCACAGACACAACGGCUGCUGAAAGUUUUGCCAGUAAUAGGCUUGUGUUUGAUGUCUCAAAACUGACCAAUCUCAAAGCCCAAAUUUGUAGUGGAGCUAACAAAAUUGUUCCCACAAAUGUCGAACUGGUAUCUGCAAUUUUCUUGCGAUGUGCGAUAAAUUCUUGUAAGUCCACAUCAAGGUGUUCAAGAUCGUCCUUAAUGUUCCAAACUGUGAACUUGCGCAAGCGAAUGGUGCCACCGAUCCCUGAAAGUGCCAUUGGAAAUCUCAUUUCAGGGUUCCAUGUUUUUGUUGAAGAAGAUAGUAAGAUGGAAGUGGAUGAGAUUGUUGGAAAGAUGAGGAAAGGAUUGGUAGACUUUUGCAAUGAGAAGGCAAAUAGAUAUAAAGGAGAAGAUGGUGUUUCAUUAUUUUCCGAGGCUGUUAAACUUCAAGGGGAACUUGUGAGGAUGGGCAUGAAUCUUUAUUGUAGUAGUAGUUGGUGUAAAUUUCCUCUCUAUGAAGUGAACUUUGGGUGGGGAGAACCAGCAUGGAUCACCAAUCCAAUGUACUCCAUGAAUGCACUUUUGUUGAUGGAUUCGAAAAGGGGUGAAGGAAUUGAAGCUUGGGUGAGCUUAGACAAAGAGCAUAUGGCUGUAUUUGAAAAAAAUGAGGAGCUUCUCUCAUAUGCUUCCCUCAAUCCUAGUGUUAUUCUUAAUGGAUUGAACAAAUCAGUCUAGCCGUGAGUUAUAUUGGCUAACACGAACGGGUUUUUACUUGUGUCUACAUUAAUCACAGUAUUCUCUUAGCUGCAGGAGGGAAAUGGUGUGCAAAAUCAGCUAAUGUACUUGUUGAAGGACUGAAUAUUAGUUGAAGUUUAUGUUCUUUUAUUUAAUUGUUUGUUUUACAUAUUUUAGUUUAAGUCACUCAAUAAGUAAGUCCUAGUGUUUAGGAUUUGUUAGACCUGUAAGAAAAUAAGAUACUUUAUUUAAAUUUAAAAAGUAUUCUGCAGCUCUAUUUAAAGAGCAAUGAUAUGAAUAAAUUGUAUUAAAAUUCCAA